AUGGCGUCGACGGUGUGUGUUUCUAGGUGCCGACUUUUAGCAAAAUUAGAAAUAAAUCGUGGUUUGUGUUUAUCGCCGAUAUUUAGGGAUUUGUCAAAUAGCAGGGAGUCAUGGUGUCGUCGGUGGCGGCCCACGCGCCGCUGCUUUUUCACAAGCGCUUGCGCACAUGGAUCCAAAGCAACAUCGAAAGUCGACAUCGAAAAGUCUGAGGGUAAGGAUCUAGGUCAAUAUAUAAGGGCUAGCAAUAACUAUACCAUUCAUAAAAUGCAUUUAAUAUAG